AUCCUCUUACUACUUCCGGAGCAGUAGAAGAAGAAUAAGAAGCCGGUGGUUAUGCUAGCAUUAGCUUCAGCCAUUUACUCCACAGACUAAGUUGAUCUACAAUAUAAUAAUUAUAUUAAUACAUAUAGAGGCUCGGGUUUUAAUGACUCACAGUGUGUAUAUACAGCGUUACUCUCAGGGUUUAAUGUUUGGCGGCGAGAACGAACUACCAGCAGACCGGAGGCUCCUGCUCUCAGGGAUGAGCUGCAACCCUUUCUGUGAAGUAAACCCUAUGGAGGGCCAUCUGUCUUCUUCUCUGAUAUGAGCAGCCCUGUAAGGAAGAGGAGGUGCACAGGAACAGGAAGUGCUCCGGUUCCCAGACUCAGCACCAAGACCGUCAGACGAGCUAACGCUAGGAUACCAUCCAAUGCUAACACUGUGGCUAACAGAGAAGCUAGCAUAGCAGGUGACGUUAGCAGGUCUGAUGGUGACGCUGCCCCCCCCACUGAGACCAUCGACGUGAUGGAGGACGGUGUGGAGGAGGUGGUGGAUCUCACUCGUGAGGGCGGGGAGGCUGUGGUCGACCUGACACACAACGACUCUGUGCUGCUGGUGGACGAAGGUCCUCAGAACCGCAGUGGCCCCCCCGGUGAGAGUUAUGUUGUCAGCAGUGAUGAAGAGGCGCCCCCCCCCACCACUGCAGUAAUGCCCUGUCAACAGACCAUCAGCUCCUCCAGGUCGGCUCCGGGGAUGAUCAGCUGUCCUGUCUGUCUCGACUUGUACUCGGAGAUAGUCGACAGCGGCCGAUUGGUUGUUUCUACGAAAUGUGGUCACGUGUUCUGCAGCCAAUGUCUGAGAGAUGCUCUGAGAUCAUCUCACACCUGCCCCAACUGCAGGAAGAAACUGACCCCCCGCCAGUACCACCCCCUCUAUGUGUGACAUCAUCAGGUCCCCCCUACCCAUGACAUCACUGUGACAUCCUCAGUGACUGUAGUUUUUGUUCUAGGAACUACACCUUUCCAGUGAUGAGUUCAGUUACGGAGUUUUCAUUCAUUAUUGAUUUAUUGACUUGGUUUGAUUUUAAUUUCUUUUGUAUUGUUAUAAAGGGUGUGUAUGUACAAAUAAAUUCUGAUGGAUUCUG